UGCUGUGUGCCUCGCCCGAUUCCAUCCGGGAAAUCAUGAUCAAAGCGCACGAGCUGAACUUCGAUAAUGGAGAAUAUGUCUUCUUCAAUAUUGACCUUUUCAGCAGUAAGAACGCCAGCGAGCGGCCGUGGCACCGCGAUAACGACACUGCGGAGCGCAACACGAUGGCGCGUGAGGCGUACGACGCGCUGAUGACCGUCACGCUACGGAAACCCACGAGUACCGAGUACAAGGAUUUCUCGAAGGAGGUCAAGACCCGAGCCAGCAAGAUGUACAAGAACUUCACCUAUGGGGAAGAAGAGGUAAACAGUUUUGUGGGUGCGUUUCACGACGCAGUCAUUCUGUACGCUCUAGCCCUGAACGAAACCCUGGCGGCGAACGGCUCCGUGUCGGACGGCAUAGCUAUCACAAAGCGGAUGUGGAACCGGACAUUUGAAGGAAUCACAGGCACGGUUAGCAUUGACGAAAACGGAGACAGAAAUGCUGACUAUUCUCUUCUGGAUCUCAACCCGGAUACAGGCAUAUUUGAAGUUGUAGCCAAUUACUAUGGCAACCGCAAACAAUACGAACCAGUGCCGGACAAGAAGAUCCACUGGGCUGGCGGGAGGACUGGCCCGCCCCCGGACACCCCUGAAUGUGGAUACGACGGGUCCAAGUGUCCACCAGAUGAACCUUUUCCAGAGUACGGGAUUGUCAUCAUAGUGUUGGGAUUCGUUUUGCUCCUAGUUCUAAUAAUCACGCUCUUUGUGUACAGACAUAUACGACUGGAAGCUGAACUUGCGGAAAUGAACUGGCGAGUCAAGUGGGAAGACAUCAUGUUUGCCUCACCCGAGAAGAACCGGAAGAUGGAGCGUCAGGGGAGUCAUUUUAGUCUGAAUCGGCGGACGUCCUACAUCAGUGUGUGUUCAACGGAUACGAUAGCCGCGGUGGGAGACGUCAACAAACAACUCUUCACGAAAACUGGAUAUUACAAGGGCGCUAUUGUAGCCAUCAAGCCGAUUGCAAGAAGUCAUAUUACGAUACACAAACCUCUUCUCUUAGAAAUUAAAAAGAUAAAAGAUCUACAGAACGACCACAUAGUGCGUUUCAUAGGUGCCUGCAUCGACAGUCCCAACCAUUGCAUCCUCACAGAGUACUGUCCUAAAGGCAGUUUGCAGGAUGUGCUGGAGAACGAGGCUAUCAAGCUGGACUGGAUGUUCAGAUACUCCAUCAUGCAGGACCUUGUUAGGGGCAUGACGUAUCUACACAAUACUGACGUCAGAAGUCAUGGCAACCUAAAGAGCACCAACUGUGUUGUCGACAGUCGAUUUGUCGUCAAAAUCACCGACUUUGGCUUGCACUACUUUCGGGAAACUGACGAUGAUUUGAAUGAUGAUUCCUACGCUUACUAUCGCAGUUUGCUGUGGACGGCUCCAGAGCUUCUACGAAUGCACAACCGUCCCCCAGAGGGGACACACAAGGGGGACGUGUACAGCUUCGCUAUAAUCUGUCAGGAGAUCGUGUACCGAAACUCGGUGUUCUACCUUCAGAACCUCGACCUCAGUCCUAAGGAUAUUGUGGAGAAGGUGAAGCAGAACGUAAAGCCAUACUUCCGCCCCACGAUGGAGGACUUCGACUGUCCGUGUGACGAGCUCGCCAACGUCAUCAGACGCUGCUGGUCGGACGACCCCGCCGAUAGACCCGACUUCCAGUCCCUGAAGAACAUCAUCAGGAAACUAAACAAGGACGGCGACAAGGGCGAUAUCCUCGACAACCUGCUGUCUCGAAUGGAGCAGUACGCCAACAACCUGGAGGCGCUAGUGGAGGAGAGGACGUCCGACUAUCUCGAACAGAAGAAGAGAGCCGAGGAACUCUUAUACAUGAUGCUGCCCAAGUCUGUGGCGCUGUCUCUGGUGAAGGGUGAGACAGUGAAGGCCGAAUCGUUCGAGCAGGUGACGAUCUACUUCAGCGACAUCGUGGGCUUCACGUCGAUGUCGGCGGAGAGCACGCCGAUGCAGGUGAUCACGCUGCUGAACGACCUCUACACGACGUUCGACUCCAUCAUCGAGCACUUCGACGUCUACAAGGUGGAAACUAUAGGAGACGCUUAUAUGUGUGUGUCCGGACUUCCGGUGCCAAAUGGUAACCUUAAUGCGCGUGAAAUAGCUCGCAUGUCAUUGGCUAUUUUGGACGCUGUCCUCGUGUUCAAGAUCCGCCACAUGCCAGAGAGACAGCUCAAGCUAAGAAUAGGAAUACACACAGGGUCGUGUUGCGCUGGAGUGGUUGGGCUCAAGAUGCCUCGCUACUGUUUGUUUGGAGAUACCGUGAACACAGCGUCCAGGAUGGAGUCAAAUGGGCUUCCGUUGAAGAUCCACGUGAGCCCGAACACUGUGGAGGCGUUGAAGACCUUCAAGACGUUCAUCCUCGAACUCCGUGGGCCGGUCGAGAUGAAGGGCAAGGGUGAGGUGAUCACUCAUUGGCUGAUGGGAGAGCGGAGCGAGUCUGAAGAGCGGUAACAUUGUGUAAUACGCCGGGAACACGCGCGGUCCCAGACGAGCCAACCAAUGAACCCGUCACGUGGCUCUCGUUGGACCUGACAAUGUAUGACGUCAUUCCAGUGGCUAAAAAGACAAACCUUUGUCGAGUCACGACUGGCCAUCAACAAUGUAAACUGUUUUUUCAUUGGUUGAAGAACGAUUCGUCUGCCCCCGAGUUGCACGUGAGCCGUUACAAAUGUCAGACGUCAUUCUGUUGGUUUCUGUGCCAUCCAGCUGCACCAAAUUUAAACCAGUGGUGGUCAACGAUGUAAAACAUGUUGUUGGUUUAAACCAUAACUGCUGUUAUGCAAUCCAUUUGCAUCUAAUUUAUUUACCGUUAUAUGAGAGAUAAACAGCUGAGUAAAACACUGUGUCCUAUGGGAGACGAUCAGCUAUGUCAAACAUGCUGUUGUUGGUAACGCAAACCAUUUGCGGUGCCAUUCAUUUGUUUGUGAUUUGUGUUGUCUCAUAUGAUUGGUCACCAAUGAUGUAACGGGCCUUGUUAUUUGUUCGUUAUUUAACAUAUUGGAUUGGCAAUCUUUCUUUGGAUAUGUUGUUAUAUCAAAUGUCGUUACCAUAGCAUGGAGUUGAGCAAAUAUUGAUUGGGCUUAACUGCACAAAUCUUUGAUGUUAAGCAGAUACUAACUGAGCUCAACUAAACCACUGAUGAAGAUCAAGAUAUAUUUAGAGGGAUGAACUACAUGAGUGUUGUUAAUAAACAGUUUCAAGUGAACUUAACUACACGAUUAUUCAAGAUAAAUAGUAUCGAGUUGGCUUAACUACACGAGUGUUGAAUUAAACAAUUUCGAGUGGGUUUAACUACACGAGUGUUGUUAAUAAACAGUUUCAAGUGGGCUUAACUACACGAGUGUUGACGAUAAACAAUAUCGAGUUGGCUUAACUACACAAGUGUUGAAUAUAAACAGUUUCACGUGGGCUUAACUACACGAGUGUUGGAGAUAAACAGCAUCGAAUGGGCUUAACUGCAUGCGUGUUAGAGUUAUGCCUAUAUUAACUGGUAUUAACCAAACUAGUGAACACGUUGUUCAGCUGUUAACUGGCAUAAUUUUUAGUUCUGUGAGUUAUGCCUAUAUUAUUUGGGCCUAAACAACGUAUAGAGAGUUAUGCCUAUAUUAACUGUGCGUAACCUAAGUGUUGACAGUUAUGCCUGUAUUAGCUGGGCGUAACCUACGUUUUGAGAGUUAUGCCUGUAUUAACUGUGCGUAACCUACGUUUUGAGAGUUAUGCCUGUAUUAGCUGGGCGUGACCUACGUUUUUGUAAUUAGGCCUGUAUUAACUAGGCGUAGCCUAAGUUUUGAGAAUUAUGCCUAUAUUAGUGGGACUGAACCAAAGUUUUAGGAGUUAUGCCUAUAUUAAUUUGGCAUAACCAGUUUUAAGAGGUAUGCCUAUAUUAGCUGGGUGUAACCUACGUUUUGAGAGUUAUGCCUAUAUUAACUUGGCAUAACCAAACUUUUGGGAAUUGUGCUUACAUUAGCUGUGCAUAACCUACGUUUUGGGAGUUAGGAAUAUAUUAACUGAUCUUAAGCUAAAUGUAGGGAGUUAGAUAUUAAUCCCAAGAUUUUUAUUAAACAAAUCGAUUGACACUGAAAACGACGUGUAUUUAUUAUUAUCGGCAAUGGUGGACCCAGGAGGUAAGCUGUUAUCUGAGUGGCGGUUCCAUCGGAGGUUAUUCAUGAGAUGAACUCUAAAAUAUCGCACCCACAUUCCAUUUUAACAUAUUUGCCUUUUUGAAGAGAGGAACUUUUUAUGGCUUGAUUUAUGACCAUUAAUAAGAAGGAUGUUUUAUCGUUUGAUUUAUUCGUGUGUUACGAUCAAUGACAAUUAAAGAGAAGGAUGUUUUAUCGUUUGAUUUAUUCGUGUGUUACGAUCAAUGACAAUUGAAGUGAGGAAUGCUUUAUGGUUUGAUGUAUUCGUGUGUUAUGAUCAAUUACAACUAAUGUAACAAUCAAAAUUAUACCCAACUGUACUUUGCUUUGUUAUAUAUGAUUCGUGAAAAUCACUUAAAUGAAAAGCUGAAAACUGUAUAAGCUUGAUCUUGACCUAAAACAACAAAAAUGAUAAAUGUCAAAAAGUUGUCUUUUAUCAAAGACAUUUCGUCAGGUUUUGUCAAUGUUUAUAAAUCAAACACUUUAAACACAGGUAGUUUGAAACAAAGUAUAUACAGCCUCCGCAUAGGAUAUACAGCCUCCACAUCGGAUAUACAGCCUCCACAUCGGAUAUACAGCCUCCACAUAGGGGUUGUCUCAAAACAUAGUGUGUCCUCUACACUGCUGUUGUAAGAUUCACUGUCCAAGUUCAUUAUACGCUGUCUCUUUCCCGGUACUGGGGCGAGACGCAGCCCAGUGGUAAAGCGUUCGCUUGAAGCGGGGUCGGUUUGGGAUCGAUCCCCGUCGGUGGGCCCAUUGGGCUAUUUCUCAUUCCAGCCAAUGCACCACGACUGGUAUCAA